GUGGGGGCGGGGAUUAAUAGAACAUAGCGGGGUUUUUUUUUUCAACAGGUGUGUUAAUUAAGAUGUCGGAGAGACUCAAACGGCGGAGGAAAGCAGCUACCAAAGAUGUUGUAGGAGCUGUUGGAAUGGACUCUACGAGGAACACUGACAGUGUUGAGCAGUUGACUUGGAAGUAUAUGCAAAAAUGUAAAGUAGAAUCCAGCACGGAGUCCGAAUCUGACAACAAUUUUGAGAUAUUUGGAGAGGGGUUUUCAGCAACCAUCACCCAUGGAAGCUCAAGAAAAACUGGCCCCCUGACAUUGCAGUUACUAGAUCCAUAUGAAGCAGAUUCUGAAGAGACUUCAGAGCAUUCAGAUUGUAGUAUACAGAGCCAUUUUCCAAGUGAAAGUGAUCAAGUGGUUCAGCACUCCACCCCCCAAGAAAACAAAAAGAGCAUAGAAUGUGCCCCACAGGGUUCAGCAUUUUUGCACAGUCCCCAUGGUACUCGCUGGGAUAAUUCAGAUAUCCCAGUGCUUAGAACUAGUGAUGUUUGGAUGAAGUCUGGGGCAGAUCUAGAGACUUCUCCUCAUACUCCAUUAAGAUUCUUAUGCAGUCCAAGCAGAAUGACAGGCUUUUCAGAUUUGUCCAUGGACUCGGGAGUGGUGACUGAAGUAUCAGCCUUGCAUACUUGUCCUUUUCUACCAAAAGGUGAAGAACCAACAACAGUUCAACAUUACUCAGUUUCCUUUCCAACCAGUGUGACGUCAGAGGAGAAUAGCGAUUUCACUAUAUAUGAGAUCUCUCUGGCAAAGCGUAAACUGGGAAUUAAAAUGGAUAACAGCCAUGAGAAACUAAGGAGAAAGAGAGCUCGUAUUGCAGAAACCAUGGAAUAAAGUGAAUCACAUAUGAUCAUGAGCAGAAAUGGGAAAAUUCUCAAAUAAAGAAAAGCAUUGUUUAAAUGUCAAAAGAAAAGUUAUUAUAAUAAAAAUAAGUACCCUUGUUGCUCCCUUUAA